UAUAUUUAUGUGUGUGCCAACCUUUUAUUCUUGUCCUACCAUCUCUCUUGAGUCUCUCCCAGUUUGUGUAGUAUGGCUCAGUUGGUUGGAAAUGAUGAGAUAGAAUCACUGAGAAUUGAGCUAACAGAGAUAGGAGAGAGCUUGAGAUCAUCGUUGCAGCAUCAUAUCUCUAGUUCCAAAAGCAGUUCAAAGUUGAAUUCUGUAAAGGAUGAUUUGGACAAUGAACUUGCCUUAUGGGCCAAGAUUGAUAGACUGCCUACAUUUGAGAGGUUAAGAUCCUCUUUGUUCGAUGAAAGUGAUGGAAGCAAAGUUGAUGUUCAAGGAAAAAGGGUAGUUGACGUUACUAAGCUUGGUGCUCUAGAGCGACAGAUGUUUGUUGACAAACUCAUCAAAUACAUUGAGAAUGACAACCUUCGAUUGUUGCAGAAAAUCAGAAACAGAGUAGAUAAGGUUGGUGUAGAAUUGCCGAGAGUGGAAGUGAGAUAUAAAAAUUUGCGAGUGGAAGCAAAGUGUGAGGUUGUUCGCGGCAAGCCGCUCCCUACUCUAUGGAACUCACUAAAAAGCAUUGUUUUUAACUGUGCCAAGCUACCUGGUUUGAAGUCGCGGGAGGCCAAGAUUACCAUCAUUGAUGAAGUCAAUGGUAUCAUUAAGCCUGGAAGGAUGACUUUGUUGCUUGGUCCUCCAGGAUGUGGAAAGACUACUCUACUGAAAGCACUUUCUGGAAAUCUAGACAAAUCUCUCAAGGUUUCAGGGGAAGUUAUGUACAACGGAUACAAACUGGAAGAGUUCGUUCCACAGAAAACUUCAACUUAUGUAAGUCAACAUGACCUACACAUGCCUGAAAUGACUGUGAGAGAAACACUUGAUUUUUCAGCUCGUUGUCAGGGGGUUGGAAACCGAGCAGAGAUUAUGGUUGAGGUCAGCAGAAGGGAGAAGCAGGCAGGAAUUAUUCCAGACCCAGAUGUAGAUACUUACAUGAAGGCGAUUUCUGCUGAAGGACAAAGGGCUACUCUUCAGACUAACUACAUUUUGAAAAUUUUAGGUCUUGAUAUAUGUGCUGACAUACUGGUUGGAGAUGCCAUGAGAAGAGGCAUCUCUGGUGGUCAGAAGAAAAGGUUGACUACAGGCGAGAUGAUUAUAGGUCCCACAAAAGCACUUUUUAUGGAUGAAAUGUCAAAUGGCUUAGACAGUUCUACCACAUAUCAAAUUGUUGCUUGUCUUAAGCAGCUAGCGCAUAUCACAAAUGCCACUAUACUUGUGGCACUUCUUCAACUAGCACCAGAAACAUUUGAUCUCUUUGACGACAUCAUCUUGAUGGAAGGAGGGAAGAUUGUGUACCAUGGACCUCGUAAUUGUGUUCUGGAAUUUUUUGAGAAUUGUGGGUUUAGAUGUCCUGAAAGGAAAGGUGUAGCUGACUUCCUCCAAGAGGUUAUAUCUAGAAAAGAUCAAGCACAGUACUGGCACCGAGCUGAACAGUCAUGGAAUUACAUUUCUGUUGAUUUGUUUUGCAAGAAGUUUAAGGAAUCUAAUUUUGGGAAGAAGGUAGAUGAGGACCUAUCAAAGCCAUUUACGAAGUCACAGAGCCAUAAGAAUGCAAUUUCAUUUAGCAAGUAUUCACUUCCUAAAUGGGAACUUUUUAAAGCAUGCAUGUCAAGGGAAUAUCUUCUCAUGAGGAGGAAUUCUUUUAUCUAUGUAUUCAAGACAGUUCAGCUUGUUAUCACAGCAUUUAUCGCAAUGACUGUAUUCUUGAGAACUCGGAUGGGUGUUGAUGUCAUUCAUGCAAAUAACUAUUUGGGUGCUUUGUUCUUUUCUCUCACUAGUCUUUUCUUUGAUGGGAUACCCGAGAGUUUCAUGACUGUCGCAAGACUUGCUGUUUUCUACAAACAGAGAGACUUAUACUUCUAUCCAGCGUGGUCAUACGCAAUCCCAUCCACAAUUCUCAAGGUUCCUCUUUCACUGUUCGAAGCCCUAAUUUGGACUUCUCUUACUUAUUAUGUCAUAGGAUACAGUCCAGAGCCUGGGAGGUUCUUCCGACAGUUUAUUCUACUUUUUGCUCUACACUUUGCCGCAACAUCGAUGUUUCGUUUGGUGGCAUCUAUCUUCCGCACAAUGGCUGCUUCUUCUGUAGUUGGCAUGUUGUUGAUAGUAGUUGUCUUUUUAUUCAGUGGCUUUAUUAUACCAGAACCCUCUAUGCCAACUUGGUUGAAGUGGGGAUUUUGGGUUUCCCUGUUUGGUUAUGGUGAGAUAGGCCUUUCUGUAAAUGAAUUUCUUGCUCCAAGAUGGCAAAAGAAACUGGCAGGGAAUACAACAAUAGGGAUAGAAACACUUGAAAAUCGUGGACUUUACUUUAGGGGAUACUUCUUCUGGCUGUCAGUUGGUGGCUUACUCGGGUUGGCAAUACUCUUCAACAUUGGGUUUACAUUGGCCUUAACCUUCUUAAACCCUCCUAGUUCUCAUGCUAUUAUCUCAAGUGAGAAGCUCUCCCGAAUAGAAGGAAAUGAAGAUUCCUCCAAUGGUUCUGAUAAAGAAGCAAAGUCGAAGAGCUAUGAGAAAACUACGUUAAAACGUCAUCAAGAUCGACUGGUUUUACCUUUUAAGCCCCUAACUUUAGCGUUUCAAGAUGUGCAAUACUACAUUGACACCCCUUUGGAAAUGAGAGAAAAGGGUUCCACUCAGAAACAACUUCAACUUCUUUGUGAUAUUACGGGUGCAUUAAGGCCCGGUAUUCUAACAGCGUUGAUGGGUGUCAGUGGAGCUGGUAAAACAACUCUUCUGGAUGUUCUUGCUGGAAGGAAAACUAGUGGCUAUAUUGAAGGAGAUAUUAGAAUUGGAGGUUAUCCUAAGGUUCAAGAAACUUUUGCUAGAAUUUCUGGUUAUUGUGAGCAAAGUGAUGUUCAUUCCCCACAAAUUACAGUAGAAGAAUCCAUCGUUUAUUCUGCUUGGUUGCGUCUUCAUCCAGAAAUUGAUUCAAAAACGAAAUUCGAAUUUGUGAGAGAGGUCCUAGAGAUCAUUGAGCUAGAUGAAAUUAGAGAUUAUUUGGUUGGAUUGCCUGGUGUUAGUGGUUUAUCAACUGAACAAAGAAAGCGGCUUACAAUAGCAGUGGAGCUUGUUGCAAACCCGUCCCUUAUUUUCAUGGAUGAACCUACGACUGGAUUGGAUGCCAGAGCAGCUGCAAUUGUUAUGCGGGCUGUGAAGAAUGUGGCUGAUACGGGACGAACAAUUGUUUGCACCAUUCACCAACCGAGUAUUGACAUAUUUGAAGCGUUUGAUGAGUUAGUCAUAUUGAAAAAUGGCGGGCGUAUUAUCUACUCUGGACCACUUGGUCAACAUUCAAGCAGUGUCGUCAAAUAUUUUGAGGAUAUCUCUGGGAUCCCAAAGAUUAGAAAUAAUUACAAUCCAGCGACAUGGAUUUUAGAGGUCACUUCCACAACGGCAGAAGCCAAACUUGGCAUUGAUUUUUCUCAAAUUUAUAAGAAUUCUCUCUUGUAUCAGAACAAUAAAGCACUUGUAAUUACGCUUAGUGCUCCUCUCAAUUCAAAAGAGUUGCAUUUUACAACCCGCUUCUCACAAAAUGGUUGGGGACAGUUCAAAUCUUGCCUUUGGAAACAACACUUGUCUUACUGGAGAAGUCCUUCGUACAACUUGAUGCGCUCCAUGUAUCUGCUGAUCACAUCGUUGCUUUUUGGGAUUCUAUUUUGGGGUCAAGGGAGGAAAAUAAAUAACCAACAGAGUCUGUUCAAUGUUCUUGGGGCAAUAUACUCUGCUACAACUUUCUUGGGCUUAAAUAAUUGUUCAUCAGUUUUCCCAUACGUCUCAAUGGAAAGAUCAGUUCUUUAUCGGGAAAGGUUUGCAGGAAUGUAUGGGUCAUGGGCUUAUGCACUUGCUCAGGUCACGAUUGAGGUUCCCUAUCUCUUAGCCCAAGCAAUUGUCUUUUUUAUCAUCACAUAUCCGAUGAUAGGAUAUUAUUGGUCAGCUUAUAAGAUUUUCUGGUACUUCUAUGCCAUGUUUUGUUCGUUGUUGUACUACACUUAUGUUGGCAUGCUGCUUGUUGCAAUGACUCCAAGCUUUCCAAUGGCGACAAUUCUACAGUCAGUGGUCUACGUAAUGUUCAACUUGUUCUCCGGGUUUUUUAUUCCCCGACCACAAAUUCCCAAGUGGUGGAUCUGGAUGUAUUAUCUUACUCCGACAUCUUGGACUCUAAAGGGUAUUCUUACUUCGCAGUAUGGAGAUAUACAGAAGGAGAUUACGGUGUUUGGUGAAACUAAAACUGUAUCAGCCUUUUUGACAGAUUACUUUGGAUAUCACCAUGAUCAGUUACCCAUUGUGGGAGUUGUUCUCAUUAUGUACCCCAUUGUUAUAGCUUCUCUAUUCGCAUAUUGCAUAGAGAAAUUAAACUACCAGAGGAGAUGAACGUUUGAAACCAUAUGUUUUGUACUUAAAAAUGAAUAGGUGGUUCUAGUUAACAAUCCAUGACUUUAUCUUCAUAUGAUGUUUAAUAUGAUCUUUCUUCCCCUUCCAAAGCAUCAUGGAAUUGGACUACUGAAGAUAGGUUUCUUCAGAGGUAUGUUACCGCAAUCAUUCAUGUAUGACAUAUUAAUACAUCGACAGAGAAAAACGGAGAUUGAAAAUUAGAACCU